GGCGAUUGGCUCAGAUUUUGGAGCUCUUCCGUAAACCAAACCGUGCAAACGCAGCUGAUUCCUAGUACUAACAAUAAAAUUUAUUUGGCUUUUUAAUACUGCUCCUGAAACUGAUUAUGCCUGUUUCGAAGGUUUUAUUCCUGCUAUUUUUUGCUUCUGUGACUAGAGGCCUGGCCAGGUUUAUUUCCCAGCCGGAUCACGAUGGCGCCGGUUUGCAGUCGAGCGAAAACAGCUGCAAUGACUGUACCCAGCUCCUGGAGUUCUUCACCAACAUGCAUCCCAGCAGUGGCACUCAGGAGCUCAUGAAAGAUGCCCUUGCAGCCCUGUGCCAGUCCCUCCCUGAGGAUGAUGCCAAAUCCCUCUGUCUGCAUAACGUGGACAAGAACGUGCCACUGGCUGUUCACUUCCUGACCCGUGUCCUGAGUCCUGGCCAAGUGUGUGCAGCCCUGGGCUUGUGCAGCACCCAAUCAGAGGCUGCCAAACAGGAGAUUCUGACCAAUAGCAUCGUUGCUGGUGUGGCCCGUGGGAUUUCAAAGAAAGAUGCCAGUCCAGAAGUGCAGAUCUCUCCUGAGUGUACCUUCUGUGUUUUUGUAAUCAAGAAAAUAGAAAGCCUGUUGCCUAAGGAAAGAACUGAGGACGCUGUGGUGAAGGUUAUGGACGAGGUGUGUGACCUCCUGCCUUCCAGUUAUAAGGAUGAGUGUGACAACUUUGUCAACAAGUAUGGAAAAGACGCAGUCGAGUUCUUGCUGUCCUACGCCGCGCCCCAUACCAUCUGCACCUUGCUGCAUCUCUGCCUGUUCCAGGAGAGCCCUUUGCCAAUGGAGACGAUCCCCUCUGACUGUGACACUUGUCGGACGCUGGCGGCCCUGACCCGGGUCCAGCUCGGGUCCAAUGCUACAGAGACUGAGACCUCUGGUUUCUUUGGGUCCGUCUGCCUCCUGUACCCUCAGGCCGUCCCUAAGUGUGAGCUGUUCAUCCAGCGCUAUGGCCCAGUCCUGCAGGGGGUUCUGGGAAAGGAGGGGAGCACCCUGGAUAACUGUGGGCGUGCAGACCUGUGUGUCACUGUAAGAAGGGUGGAGCCUUUGGGGCGUAACCACUGUACCUGGGGGAACAACUACAGGUGCAGAGAUGAGAAAAUAGCACAGGAAUGCAAUUGUGUGGCAUUCUGCCAGAAAUACAUCUGGAAGUAGACUGGACUGCAGCAUCAGUGUGCUUCACGACUGGACCUCAAGCCGUCCGAUUGGGUCAUGAGCACUUGGUACCUUUUGCACUGACUAAUUUGUGCUGUUUUUGUUUGGAACUGUUGUCAUGGCUUAAUGGUGUUUUGUGAAAUGUGUAGAUUGUGCCUGUACUGGCUAUGACAGCUGGCUGCGAUGGAGUUGGGCACUCUGUUUGUCCUGCUGCUCUUUCAGCCAUUUGUUUUGUGGAACUAACACAAAGGGUGGGCGUGUGUGUUUAUAUAUAAAAAAAUGUCCCUCUCGCUCUAAAUUGCUUGGGCUUCUUAAAGUAGGAUCAGUAAAAUGAAAGGGAGUCAUUGAUUGAAAAAGUGGAGAAAAAGUAGCUGAAGGCAAACAUUAAACAUGAGUUUAUUUACACACUUUAGGCAUACAAGAUUAAAAAAAAAAAUACAAAUUUAAAAAGAAAAACAAUCCAAGACUGUAGAGAACACGUUUAGCUCCCUGUGCAAGAGAGAUGGGGAACCUAUGGAACAAACUGCUGCCUCAGCACUCCUCUCACAAAGGAAGGUCCCAGGUCUCCCCCCACCCCCCCCUCCCUUCAGAGGGCAUCACGCCCCUGUGCGGUUAGCAGCGUCGUCCUCCGGGUCUCUCAUCUUCCAAAUCUUAAGAAAAAGGCAUUUGAUGAAGAGCUUGGGAUGAUGUACAAGCAGCUCUAUAGGCUAAUGUACUAGAAGGUAGUACAUCUCUCCCCCCCCCCCAGCCAUAACAGCAUUUAACUAAUACCACAGUAGGGCUGUGUGUCAGAAGUAUACCCCAUUAAUUCGUUUUUGCACAAGCUUGUUUGCACUAUUGUCAUUACACAUUUUGUUCCUUACUGCUGUAAUGCAAAUGAAUUUUCCCCUCCAGUCAAUAAAUAAUGGAAACAAUA